AUGUUCAUUCAUACUGCAAAGCUUUGCUUCGUUUCAGCACCAUUAAAUUCAACUGAUCUUCAUCCGAAUGCCAAAUGGGUGCAUGAUGGAGUCUCCGUGGCUGGAGGAAAUGGAAGAGGCGAUGGAAUGAAUCAACUCUCUAAUCCACUUAGUCUGUAUGUUGAUGAUGAUCAGACUAUCUAUAUUUGUGAUCAAUCGAAUCAUCGUAUUGUGGAAUGGAAAUGGCAUGCGAUGAGUGGCCAAUUGGUUGCCGGUGGUAAUGGAAAUGGUAGUGGGACUCAUCAAUUAGAUAACCCAAGAGAUGUGAUUGUCGACAAAGACAGAGAUAGUCUUGUCAUCUGCGAUUGGGGUAAUAGAAGAGUAGUUCGAUGGCCUCGUCAAAAUCAGAGAAGUGCAGAAACGAUCAUUUCGAACAUCUCUUGUCGGAGUUUGACAAUGGAUGAUACUGGAUCUCUCUAUGUUGCUGAAGAUGGAAAAAAUGAAGUUAGACGAUAUCAAGGAGGAGUAUUGCAAGGAAUAGUGGUUGCAGGUGGUAAUGGAAAAGGAAAUCGUUCCGAUCAACUCUCGAACCGUGCAUACAUAUUCGUUGAUAGAGAUCACUCAGUAUACGUGUCUGACUAUGAAAAUAAUCGCGUGAUGAAAUGGAUGGAAGGUGCAAAAAAUGGCACUGUCGUGGCUGGUAAUCAAGGAAAGGGAAAUAAUGCUUCACAAUUGUCAAGUUCUUAUGAAGUCAUUGUCGAUCGAUUGGGCACUGUCUAUGUGACUGAUAGUGGAAAUCAUCGAAUCAUGCGUUGGCCCAAAGGAGCUACACAGGGAAAUGUCAUUGUUGGUGGAAACGGUGAAGGGAAAGGAUCGAAUCAACUCCGCUAUCCCACCGAUUUAUCAUUCGACCGACACGGUAAUCUGUAUGUCGUCGACAACGAAAAUCAGCGAGUACAAAAAUUCAAUUUGGAUUCAAACACAUAA